AUUGUGUUUGACUGUCUAUCCCCGAGCUAACUUUAGCCCAAAACUUAUUAAAUGGCUGCCUUGUGCAAAUCCAUGUCCCAAGAUUUUAUCACCUUAGCCAUGGCGGAAUCAACGUCAAAGCCAGUCCAAGAACUGAUCGUCAACGGGGGUGAACUGCCGGAAAAAUACAUAUACAAGAAGGGUGAAAAUGCAGCCACUGAUGUCUCUUAUCCACCGAUUGAGGUCCCAGUAAUUGAUCUGAGUCUCCUCGCAUCUCAAUCCGAUGCCGGAGAAGAAGAGCUUGGAAAACUCCGAUCUGCUCUCGGCUCCUGUGGUUGCUUUCAGGCUAUAAAUCAUGGAAUGACAGCCUCUUUCCUAGACCAAGUGCAUGAAAUUGGCAAACAAUUCUUUGCACUUCCCAUUGAUGAGAAACAUAAAUACUCAAGAACAGUUGGUGACAUUGAAGGGUACGUGACUGAUUCAGUGCGUUCGGAGCAUCAAACUCUUGAUUGGGCCAAUCGGUUGUUUAUUACAAUAUACCCAGAAGACAAGAAAAAUCUCAGAUUUUGGCCUGAAAAUCCUGAGAAUUUUAGGGAAAUUUUAAAUGAAUAUACGAGAAAUUUGUCACUCAUGAAGGAGCUCCUCCUUAAAUCCAUGGCAAAGUCAUUGAACAUAGAGGAAGACUGUUUUCUGAAACAGUAUGGAGAGGGAGCAAUGAUGGUUGCAGGAUUUAACUUUUACCCUCCGUGCCCGAGGCCUGAUCUUACUCUGGGUGUCAAACAACACACAGAUGCAUCAACAAUUACCUUUCUGUUGCAAGACGAAGAAGUGGAAGGCCUUCAAAUUUUGCAAGAUGGACAGUGGUUCAGAGUUCCCAUUGUUCCCCAUGCUAUUCUCAUUUUUGUUGGUGAUCAAACAGAGAUAAUGAGCAAUGGAAUGUUCAAGAGCCCAAUGCACAGGGUGGUGACAAACUCUGAGAGGGAGAGGCUCACUCUAGCUGUGUUUUGUCACCCGGAUGCCAAAAUGGAAAUCGGGCCGGUGGAGGAGCUCAUCGACGAAAAAAGGCCGAGGUUGUUCAAGACAAUGAAAGAUUAUGUGGCUAUCUAUUUCGAGAACGACCAGUUAAACAAGAGACCAAUUGAUGCAGUGAAGAUCUGAUGUUUUUCCAACAAUUCAUCAUUUGUGGUUUCUACGCAGUUAUGAUGAAGCUUUUGGGAUUUAGGUGGGAGACAAAUUCCAGUUUGAAGUUGUUUUUUUCUUCCCCAAUAUAGAAUAAGGCUUGUUAUUCCUUUAGCAUUUGUGUGGAAGGAAAAGCAGAGGCUUGAAAUUAGUGAACUGUUUGUAAAAGAUGAAUGCAGUAAUUCAAAGGAGUUUUGUCCGUGAUUACUUGUGAUACGCAAUAGUGUUGAGCCGUGUUCAAACUGGCCUUGUUCCGCUAA